UUACUCUCAUCGAGCUAAAGGGAUUACUACCAAAAAUGGCAUGUGUCAGCUUUUUCCAGCAAGUUAUGGACACGCGCCCUUUUUGGAUGUGGGCAGUUUGUUUUUGGCAUAACCUUAUUCGACAUCUAGAUAAUGGGUUCAAAUCAAGCUUAUAUGUCCCCACGCUUUGCGUGGAUAUAGAGUAGGAGGCGCGCAGAAAGCAGUAAUCAUAUGUUCGAGUUCAUGAAAUUUCCAAGGUUUUUUAGUUAUUGUUUUUGAGAGUACAAGGCCGGUACGGAGAUUUAUUUGGCUGUAUACAAGCCGUACCGAGCCUUUACUUCUUGGGACUAAACCUGGUUCCACCUCGAUUU